AAUUAGAAAAAGUUACAUCGAACAUCUCCUAUAAUGACCAUAGUAAUGCCUAUAAUAAUGAUUAUGGUAAUACCUAUGAUAAUGAUCAUAGUAAUAACCAUGGUAAUGACUAUAGUAAUGAUACUGAUGAUAAUUGUAGUACAACUAGCAAGCGAAGUAAUGGAAGUGAGUUGUAG